AUGAAAGAAUUGUUCAAAGCACAAUUGAAGCUGCAAAGCUACAUUUGCAAUUUUUAUACUAAUACCGUUGAAAAGGCCACAUUAGAAAGUCGGACUGUUAGUUAUUAUAAAGCUCGACUAGAGUUGAUAGCUAGUUACUGGGCCAAAUACACUGCAAAUCACGAUAAGUUGAUCAUUGAGGAAGAUGCUAACGCGGAACUUGCCUACUUCAAAGACGAUUUUUAUACGACUUGCGAAGCUGAAUUUGCAAUCGCAAUGGGUCGGAUACGCGAUAAGAUUACCGAACUCCAACCUCCCGCGCCGAGUCAAGAUUUGCCAGCACCGACUUCAAUAGUGCAGAAUAUCACUAAUUCUGCGCCUCACGUUGCACUUCCUCCUAUUGCAUUGCCCACGUUUUCCGGUAAGCAGGGUGAAUGGGAAAGCUUUAAGCAGCGAUUUUGUUCUCUUGUAAAAGACAAAUCAAAUAUCUCCCGAGUAGAAAAAUUGCAGCAUUUAUUAAAUGCAGUACAUGGUCAAGCUGCACAUCGUCUCAAAGGUCUUGACGUUAUCGACGCGAAUUUUGAUGUUGCUUGGGAAAAACUUGUGCGCCGUUAUGACAACCCACGUAUCCGACUCUUUUCAACACUCGAAAGCUUGCUUCAGUUAUCUUCAAACAAAGCUCGCAGCGCACAAGACCUUAAUGAGUUAAUCGAUACUACCGAAGAAUCUGUUCGAGCUCUUCGCGACUUAAACUGCCCAGUCGAACAUUACGACAAUUGGAUUGUUCACUGUGUUGUCCGUAAGCUCGAUGCUGGCUCUCGCGAAGCUUGGGAAGCGUCCCAGUCGAACGUGGACGGUUUUUCAACAUUUAAGGCGUUAAUCAAUUUUUUGGAGAAGCGUAUUCAAACGCUAGAACAAGCGCAUUCUUAUGUAGACAAAUGUGAGUCUUCAAGCAAGCAAUCAAGUAACUCGACACCUCGCAAAUCGAAUAAAGUUACCGUGAAUAACGCGCAAACGGUGGAUCAAUCUGAACCUAAAUCGAGUCCCUUGUGUGACUUAUGCAAAGGUCCUCAUUGGUUACAUCGUUGUAGCCAUUUUAAUGCAAAGUCGCAGUCUCAGCGUUUGGAUUUUUGUAAGGGUUCGAAGCUUUGUCUCAAUUGUUUAAGAAAAGGACAUAAGGCCUCUAAAUGUCCGUCAUCUAACCGUUGUUUCAAAUGUCAACUCGCGCAUCAUACGAAAUUGCACUCAGAAGACAAUUCACAGAACAAAGGCUCAGGCUAUCGGAUAGGUAAUUCGUUCGCUGAUAACGGGUCCCAGCCUACCGGUACCUCUGCAAACUCUGACGAAUCGUACAGUCAUGUCGCAUCACACAGUGCGUCGGUUGGAGCCUCAGUGCUUCUUGCUACGGCUAAAAUCUUGAUAUCAAACGCGUUAGGUAAGAAGCUGACUGUUCGGGCCCUGAUCGAUCCUUGUGCCGAACGAUGCUUUAUAUCGCAACGGGUAGUGCAACAGCUUAAGCUUGAUUCGGAAAAGACUUCAAUCUCGGUGAUAGGCGUCGGUUCCGAAAAGACAUCAACUUGCAAGACCAUAGCUCACGGUAUUUUACAAUCAAGUACCGACAAAAGCUUCGCUAUGGGUUUUUCCGCGCUUGUGCUAAAUGAACUAACUCGUUGUCUGCCCAAAGACAGGGUCGUGUCAGGGAAUUGGCCCCAUCUUCGUGGUUUAAUUCUAGCAGACCCUCAAUUUUCGGAACCCGCGAAGGUUGAUUGCAUACUUGGUGCAGACAUAUACCCUAUCCUUAUGCUUGAAGGCAUGCGUAGAGGACCAAUGGGUACUCCGUGUGCUCAGCAGUCUGUCUUCGGCUGGCUGCUUACCGGAGCCAUUUCACCCAUCAACACUUACAACCAAAAGCCAGUUCGUGUAUUUCAUUUAACGACUGAGCCCUCGCUUUCACAGCAACUCACGCAGUUCUGGGAGAUCGAAGAAAUUCCGCGCAAGGCACUUUUGACUCCUGACGAACAGCGUUGUGAACAACACUUUGUCGACACACAUUAUCGCGAACAGAACGGACGCUUUGUAGUCCGAUUGCCUUUCGCAAAGCAACCCAAGUUUUCCGGUUCUCGAGAUGUCGCGGCUGCAUGUUUGCGUAGAUCUGAGAAGCGAUUGCAGCGUGAUAUGCAACUCGCCGAGCGUUAUCAAGCCUUCAUGCUUGAAUACCUGGAGUUAAAUCACAUGGAGCCCGUUCCUUCUCAUCAGGUGCUCAAUCCUGGAUUUUAUUUGCCUCACCAUGCGGUGGUGAGACCUGAAAACCCUGCGAAAAUACGCGUAGUCUUCAACGCAUCGCAGAAAUCGCAAAAUGGUCUAUCACUAAAUGAUAUGCUUUUGUCAGGACCUAAGCUUCAAGCAGACAUCUCAAUAGUUUUAUCUCUUUGGCGUCGAUUUAGAUUCGCCUUUACUACUGAUGUUAUUAAGAUGUUUCGCCAGAUAAAGGUUCAUCAGGAUGACGCUGACUGGCAACGAAUACUUUGGCGAGACAACACUAGCAAGCCAAUUCAGGAUUACAGAUGCAUCACGGUGACGUACGGUACUUCGUCUGCUCCCUUUCUGGCUCUUCGGGUUAUGAAGCAAAUUGCAACUGACGGUUCACUGGACUAUCCGGAAGGUGCUUCAAUUCUUCGUCAUACACUUUACGUUGACGACCUCUUCGGCGGAGCGGACACUAUCAAUGAAGCCGUACGCCGCCGCGAGCAACUGAUCAAUCUUCUGGGAUCAGCAGGCAUGGUCCUGGAUAAGUGGGCAGCAAAUUCCUUGGAUCUGCUAGCAGGUUUGAAUUCAUCUUCUGCAACUGAAGUUGAAUUGAAUCAAAACGAGGUAAAAUCUACCCUUGGUAUUAAAUGGCUUCCAAAGGACGAUGUUUUUUCGUUCACAGCAACAGUAACUCAAGCGACUUGCGUUACCAAAAGGUCGAUAUUGUCUGAAGUCGCUCGAUUAUUUGAUCCUCUAGGUUGGUUGGCGCCCAUGAUUAUCGUGGCCAAAGUAAUCAUGCAAGAUCUUUGGCUGGACCACAUCGACUGGGAUACGCCUGUUCCUGAUCAACUUCAUUCCCGCUGGUUUGAAUUCCAAGCUGGACUCGCAGAAAUACCGAGGAUCCGGAUUCCACGAUGGCUUAACACCCUGGAAAGUGAUGACUGGCAACUGCACGGAUUUGCCGACGCUUCGCAGAGAGCGUAUGCAGCUGCUCUAUACGUAGUCAUUCCAGGACGCCAACCCAUGCUGCUCACGGCAAAAACAAAGGUCGCCCCCACAAAGGUCCAAUCAUUGCCACGGCUCGAAUUGUGUGGGGCCACAUUACUAGCUCGGUUGAUUUCACACACUUUGGACGCAAGUCAACAACCACCAGCAUCAAUUCACUGUUGGUCGGAUUCACGAGUCGUGUUGGAAUGGUUGAAAGGACACCCAUCCAAGUGGCAAACAUUCAUUGCCAAUCGUACUAGCGAGAUAAUUACAAGCUUACCAACAGCGACUUGGAGACACGUCAGAUCUGCAGACAACGCUGCUGAUUGCGCUUCAAGAGGUGUCUCAACGGCUGAUCUUGCUGAGCACAAGCUUUGGUGGCAUGGACCUGAUUGGCUGUCCAUGCCUGAAUCUACUUGGCCAACCAACAUGCCACUUAGUGCUCAGACAGUUGAGGAUGCGCAUGCCCUCGCUGCAUUAGAAGAAAGCACCGACGAAGGCGUCCCUACAGGCCCUGGAUGCAACUGCUUAUCAACGCUGCAGAAGUUUUCACGAUUCAGUAAGAUCCUGCGCAUUUUAGCUUACUGCAGCUCGUGGCGUCUGAAAGCCCUUAAUAAAAGUCAGUCCCACAAAAGGCUGAGUUAUCAAGACUGGACUCUAGCUCGAAUCUUUUGCUACCGUGCAGUUCAAAAUCAACAUUACAAGCAGGAGCUUAAGCAACUACAGGCCGGCGAGCAGCUCUCCAAGCGGAGCCCACUUGCUCGACUCAAUCCAUUCAUCUGUGCUCACGGAUUAAUUCGAAUUGGAGGUCGGUUACAACAUUCACCGAUUUCUUACAACGAGAUGCACCCAAUCGUGCUGCCCGGAGGAUGCAUCAUUGUUAAGAGGCUCGUCGAGGAAGUGCAUCACAUCACAUUGCACGGAGGGGUGCAAUUGAUGCUAUCUCACAUAUAUAGAUCUCUUUGGAUCACACGCGGACACGCAGUAGCUACAGGAGUCUUUAGACGAUGCAUACAAUGCACACGCUAUAGUCGGCGAAGUCCAAAACAGCUGAUGGGUUCUCUGCCAGCCCAGAGAACUACUCCAACACGAGCCUUUACCGUCACUGGACUGGACUACGCAGGCCCUUUUCCAGUGCUUUUUUCCCGAGGCAGAGGCGCUAAGUCAACUAAAGGCUAUAUAGUCAUAUUUAUUUGUUUUUUCACAAAAGCGAUUCAUAUUGAAGUAGCCUCUGAUCUGUCAACGAGUUGUUUUAUUGCAGCGUUCGAUCGAUUUUGUUCACGUCGAGGAGUUUGUCAAAAACUGUAUUCGGAUAACGCCACCACCUUUACAAGCGCUGCAAGGGAACUGCAAGCGCUUUUCGCCAAAGCCUCGCCAUUCAUGGACAGUGUGACGCCGACUCUAGCAGCCCGAGGUACGGAGUGGUCAUUUAUUCCACCACGGGCUCCACACUUCGGAGGGCUAUGGGAAGCAGCGGUGCGCAGCUUUAAGCACCACUUCCGCCGAGUAGUUGGCGAUCUCACCCUCACGUUUGAAGAGCUGUCCACAUUGGCUGCAAAGGUCGAGGCCUGCCUCAACUCUCGGCCUCUGUGUCCGUUGAGCGUCAACCCCACUGACGCCGUGGCACUCACUCCGGCUCAUUUUUUGAUGGGAACUUCUCUGCUGGCCCAUCCGGAGCCGUUUAAUGAGGAAAGUCAGCCCAUCUCCUUCAACAACCGCUGGAGACUGUUGACCAACCUGCGCAACUCCUUCUGGCGGCGAUGGCAGAAGGAGGUGCUCCAUCAAAUGCAACGUCGCAACAAAUGGUUGAAUGUUUGCCCCAAUUUGACAACAGGCGACGUUGUGCUCUUGACAGAUGAGCUCACCCCACCUACCCAGUGGCGUCUUGGACUGAUAGUCGAAACACAUCCAGGCACAGACGGGCUAGUGAGGACGGUCACUGUCAGAACUGCCAGUUCAACCUUCAAACGACCAGUGGUAAAACUGGUUAAGUUGCCAACCGAGCCAGAACUCUUAACGAUUCACAAUCAGAUCAAAACGCGCUCGCAAGGCAGAGUGAGCAAUUAA